UAAGGCAGCUUUAUUGCAGUGACUUAAUAGAUUUUAAUUAUUUUUAUUUAUGAAUAUUACUUUUAUAAUCUAUUUCUAUUGCAAUUAAAACAUGUAAACAAGAGUCAUAACUACAUUUGACUCAUGCACUAUUGACAGCAACGCCGCCUGCCUGUACAAAAUUGUAUACUAUAAAUCUAGUGACUUUCCUAUCUAGUUCGUGCUCCUGCACUCAUUCUGGUCCCUAGUCUUCAUGUGUUACAUGUCCAUUGUCCUCGUGACGUUUUGCUGUGCCUUACGAUGUUGUUUAUACGAUUUCACGACGGAAUUUAUGAUCGUAUCUUUGGAUAAAAACGUGCAAGAACGUGCGAGACAUUUUGUAUCAAAAACGUGCAAGGACGUGCGAGAAAUUAACACAGAGUACGCACGAUGUUGUUGAUACGAUUUCACGACGGAAUUUAUGAUCUUAUCCACGAGUCUAAACUAAAUAAAAGAAAAAAUAAAGCCAAAUAUAAAAAUGGCAUUCUUUAUCCCUGCAGUAUAAUUAUGCAAAGUGUUGCAUACGACGAUGCUUCUACAGUUACUCAGAGAAGACGACAAUAUUCUUCGAGUUCAGUUAUUAUAACCGAUACUCAAUGUUACGAGACAUAAAAAAAAAUUAAGAGCUAAUGGAAAUCACAGUGGGGUAAAGUUGAUGGACAAAAUUGUUGAUCCGGAUACUGCAUCUGAAAUUUUAGAACUAAUGAAGAAGCCUGCUGAGCGUUCACGCAUGUCUCUUCAAGAUGCUGUGAAGUUAAUUGUAAAUGGUAACCUGAGUAUAUACGCCUACAAGAUAUCAAGGAAAAUAGCACUUAAAUACGGCCAUGACUUAUAUCCUACCUACAAAGAGGUUUGCAAUGCUCUUAACGAUUCAUCGAGUCAAAGAUGUUUUGUAUGUAAUGCCACUAUAGGAAAAUUCAACGAUAUUGAUAAUAUGAUUGAAAGAAAUAUAAAAUCAGACUCUCUUAAAUAUGGAUUUUUAAUCUUACAUCCAAACAUUCGGUUCAUGGAACUAGUCCUUCAUAUUUCUUAUCGUCUGUCAUUGGAAGUUCCAGUAUGGAGAGUUUCAAAAGUUUUUGAAGCAGUAACAAAUGAAAAGAAAAAAGAGAUUCAAGAUCAACUUAAAAGUGAAUUAAGUAUAUUGGUAGAUGCGCCAACGCAGGGAUCUGGUAAUACCAAUAAUGGUAAUACUGCUAGCAAAUUUUUUAAUAAUACUGACGUUGUGGCUCGAAUAACUGGAUUCAAUGAACACUUGUUAUACAGAUUUAAAGUUAUUUUGGCAGUUAUUUCAUCAAAUUGCUUAGUAAAUAAUGCAGCAUUUGGUGCUUAUUGCAAAGAGACGGCAUUCAAAUACGUAGAGUUCUACAACUGGUAUAAAAUACCUACAUUAAUGCAUGUCAUUUUAAUACAUGGCCACGUCAUUACGAAAGAAUUAAUUGUACCUAUUGGAAUUCUUAGUGAAGAUGCACAAGAAAGUAAUCAUAAAAUGAUUAAAAGAUUCAGAGAUAGAUUCUCAAGAAAAGUUUCUCGGGUUGCAACAAACACGGAUAUGUGUUGUCGCUUAUUUGUAAAUUCCGAUCCUUAUCUUUCGCUAUUAGACAUCGAAGAAAACAAAAAAAAAAAGCUCAAUGACUCAGGAGAUGAAAAAUCUGUUAUUAGAUUAUACAGAGUCAGCAGAUGAUGACAACACAGACUAUUCAGACACUGAAUAAAACUAUUUUAAUUUCGGUGUAAAUAUGUACAUAUAUAUAUUUUUCUGUAAAUAAUUUUGUAUAAUGUAUAUAAUAUAAUAUAUAAUAUAUAUAACAGUACAUGA